UUUUCUUUUUUUACAUGGAUACGAUAGUGUGUGCUUGUACACGUGUCACCGGCAUGUACGUAGUACGAGUUAUCUUGGACGAUGCUCCUACUCCGACUUGGUAUCCUCCUAGUAUAGUACUGUAGUCCGUUCUCCUUUCGAGAAAACAGCUUACAAAUAUAGAUGACCAGGUUUCCUUGGAGCUCACCCGUGCGUUUGCCCUUGGUCCGCCGGCUACUUGAUUUGCCAUGGGAAACUUCAGCUCGUGGUGCGGAGGGGAGACGUCGUCGAGAUGCGUUACCAAGACCGCGACGGGCGCGCACAAAUUCGAGGUGACAAACUACUCGCUGCUCGACGGCAUGGGCGCCGGCAACUGUGUAAGCUCCAACACGUUCAGCGUCGGCGGCUACGACUGGUGCAUCAAUUUCUACCCUGACGCGUACAAGGAGGAUGCCUUCUACACCUCAGCCUUCUUGUGUCUAUGUAGAGGAGAUCCAUGGCCGGGCGUGAGAGCCAAGUACACUUUUAGUUUAUUGGAUAGAGAGGGGAGAAGCGCCUUAAGGCAUAUCUUUGCGUCGUCGGGUUGUUAUUAUGGCUAUACUAGGUUCUUCUCCAAGAAGCAUAUCGACGAUGACUGCUUCACAAUCAGGUGCGUCUUGACCGUCAUCACGCAACACACGGAGGACCGAAGCGUCGUCGUCAUCCCCCGGUCGGACCUCCACGACCACCUGGUAGACAUGUUGGAGGGCGGGGAAGGCACGGACAUGACGUUCAACGUGGACGACCAGUUGUUCCACGCUCAUAGAUGCAUGCUGGCUGCACGAUCACCGGUGUUCAAGGCGGAGCUCUUCAGCGGAAUGGAGGAGAACGCUACUCGACACAUCAAGGUCGAUGACAUGGAGCCUGCCAUGUUCCAGGCCCUCCUCCACUUCAUCUACACCGAUACCUUCCCACAUAACAAUUGUGUAGACAAGAAUGUGCCAUUGCAACACUUGUUCGUUGCCGCGGAUCGGUAUGGGCUGGAUAGGCUCGCGGCAAUGUGUGAACAAAGGCUAUGCGACAGCAUCGAUCUGCACACAGUUGCUACCACACUUGCCUUAGCGGAGCAGCACCAAUGUGUGCAACUCAAGCAAGCAUGCCUUGGAUUCCUGUCCUCUCAUGGUGUGCUCAGUGACAUCCAGGAGACCGAUGGAUUCAAGCAUCUCAUAUCCAGCUGCCCUUCGGUUGUAGGGGACAUCAUAAACAACAUCGCCGCGCUAGUGGUGGUAGGGCUGCCAAAAAAGCUCGAGUCGAAGCCGCUCACAGCGACUCGUCUUCUAGCUACACCGGCGAUUGACUCCAAAAUAAAUUAG